AUCAAUUUCUCAGAGAGCAGUUGUUCUUUUGCUACUGGGAUUCCUGUCUGGAACACUACUAGUAUUCAUUUUAGGAAUCCUCCAAAACACUACUAGUGAUUAAUUUUCUCACAGAUUAAGAGAUGGGGGUGCUGGAGUUUGGGGUUAAUAAUCAGGAUUUUUUUUAACUUCUGGGGUUGUCAUCAGCUUUCCGCACCUCAUUCUCUUUCUCAGGUAGCAAAUUAUACCAUUAUCAAGGAAGAACCAUCUUUGUUCUCAUGAGAAACUGUGCUUUGGUAUGGCAUGAGUUACGAAUGUGAAAAGGAUUUGAAGAAUACGGAAGAAAGGCUUCCUCUGGAGCAAGUUUCCUUUAAGUGCCCAUGUGUACUGUGAAGGGAAUGAUGUCUAUGAUGUCAUGCUAAAUCAGACCAAUCUUCAGUUCAACAACAACAAGUACUAUUUGAUUCAGCUAUUAGAAGAUGAUGCCCAGAGGCGCUUCAGCGUUUGGAUGAGAUGGGGCCGUGUUGGGAAAAUGGGGCAGCACAGCUUGGUGGCUUGCGCAGGGGACCUCAACAAAGCCAAGGAAAUCUUUCAGAAGAAAUUCCUUGACAAAACAAAAAACAAUUGGGAGGACCGUGAGAAGUUUGAGAAGGUGCCUGGAAAAUAUGAUAUGCUAGAAAUGGACUAUACCACCAAUACACAGAGUGAAGAAGAAUCAAAAGGGGACUCUCUUAAAUCCCCUUUGAAACCAGAAUCACAGCUAGAUCUUCGUGUGCAGGAGCUGAUAGAGUUGAUCUGUAAUGUCCAGGCCAUGGAAGAAACGAUGGUAGAAAUGAAAUACGACACCAAGAAAGCCCCACUGGGGAAGCUGACAGUGGCACAAAUCAAGGCAGGCUACCAGUCUCUAAAGAAGAUUGAGGACUGUAUUCGGGCUGGUCAGCAUGGACGAGUUCUUAUGGAAGCUUGCAAUGAAUUCUACACCAGGAUCCCACAUGACUUUGGACUCCGUACCCCUCCAUUAAUCCGGACAGAGAAAGAACUGUCAGACAAAGUACAAUUACUAGAGGCUUUGGGAGACAUUGAAAUUGCCAUUAAGCUGGUGAAGACAGAGCUGCAAAGCCCAGAACACCCAUUGGACCAACACUAUAGAAAACUGCAUUGUGCCCUGCACCCUCUAGACCAUGAAAGUUAUGAGUUCAAAGUGAUUUCCCAGUACCUGCAGUCUACUCAUGCUCCCACACACAGGGACUAUACCAUGACCUUGCUGGAUGUCUUUGAAGUGGAGAAGGAGGGUGAGAAAGAAGCCUUCAGAGAGGACCUUCAUAACAGGAUGCUGCUAUGGCAUGGUUCCAGGCUUAGUAACUGGGUGGGAAUCCUGAGCCAUGGGCUUCGAAUUGCCCCACCUGAGGCUCCCAUCACAGGUUACAUGUUUGGGAAAGGAAUCUACUUCGCCGACAUGUCUUCUAAGAGUGCCAAUUACUGCUUUGCUUCUCGAGUGAAGGAUACUGGACUACUGCUUUUAUCAGAGGUCGCUUUAGGUCAGUGUAAUGAGCUAUUAGAGGCCAAUCCUGAGGCAGAAAGAUUACUUCAGGGCAAACAUAGCACCAAGGGACUAGGCAAGAUGGCUCCCAGUCCUGCCUCCUUCAUCACCCUGAAUGGGAGUAUGGUACCCUUAGGACCAGCAAGUGACACAGGAGUUCUGAAUCCAGAGGGUUAUACCCUCAACUACAAUGAAUUUAUUGUCUAUAACCCCAACCAGGUCCGUAUGCGAUACCUGCUAAAGGUUCAGUUUAAUUUCCUGCAGCUGUGGUGAAUAUUAAAUAAACUAGAUAAGGUAUGAUCUUCAAACAAGAAAAUAGGCAGUGUUGUACUCUUGAAUUUUCUGAUCUUUUAUGUAAUAAAAAUGGCAGAAAUCUA